AUAAAAUAAAUUAAUUAUCGUAUUACAAUUUACAAACACCAAUUUGGAAACUCUAAUUAUGAUUUGUCGAUAAUUGAUCCAUAUUUGUACAUAAUCCUAAUAUUUUCGCGUGUUAGUAACAAAUUUUCCUACUUCUCUCGACAUUAAUAGUUGUUACGAACUUUACGAAAUAAUAAUAAAAAUGACUUAUCGUGGAUGUGCUGUUAUAACAUAUUUUGUAGUAUUAAUCCUUUUGCUUUUGUCUUUCGGGUUCAGUAAACCUACCAUUCCAGCUGCUGAACCUUCUCGUUUUACGGGAUAUCCGACAUGGCAUGGAAGACUUGACCAUUUCGAUCAACAAACGUAUGAUACUUCACUUAUAUUUUUAAUUAUUACUUCAAUUUUAUCGGGUUAUUACUCAUUAAAGUGGACCUCAACUCGAGAUUUACCGAAAAAAUAUGUUACAUAUAUUUAUCAAGAGAACGGAAGUAGAAUUUCCGCUACUUGGUUUAAUAAAGCUAUAGCUUACUAUAUUGUAUUUACUUCUUUUGCUGGAAUUGCUUUAUUCUAUUUAGAUACAGGGAAAUUAUGGUCAACAUUUGGUAUUUUGCAUAAUAUUUGGGAAGUUUGUAUUUUAUUAUUAUUACAUCAAGGAGGAAAAAUUACUUCAAGUUUUUUUUUUGCGUUCAUUGCAUUUUACGUAUUUAUUGUAACUUUGUUGGAUAUUGUCUUAUCUUGGCCUUUUGAUGCAGUUUGGUUCAAAGUUCAAGGUCUCUGUUCAGAUUAUGCGUUAUUUAUCGUAUUUGUUCGUAUUUAUCUUGCUACACGGGAAUAUGUUAAAGAGCAAUUAUCAGCUCAACUUCCCAUCACUAACGAGGAUGAUCUUUCACCAUCCGAUGAAGAACCAAGCGUUUCUCCUAAAAUUAUUCAACACCCAAAUCAAAUCUUAUUAUUACCUUUUGCAUCUUUUUUUCAUAUAUUAGGAAAUAGUAUUCCCACACUCUCACCAACUGAUGGAAGAUUAUAUGUUUUUUUCAAUCUAACUUAUAGUAUUGCGCUUCCCGCUUAUGCACUUUAUAUAUACUUUGAUACACAUUGCACAAGUAUUUUACAUUCGAAACGAAUUUUAUUACCUGAUACAUCUAAAUGGAAAGUUUUCUUAAUUACCAUAUGGUCUAUUAUUCUAUCGAUUAUAAUAAUAAGAGGAGCCUUUAUUUAGUUGAAGUCUCCCGUGAUUUAAUUUACGGUAAAUCGGUAUUUAUCUAAUAACCAAAAAUGAGCAAAGUUAACAAUUAAUCAAACAAAUAACUAUUUUUGUACGUUAAAGGAAUAACAGUAAUAAAAAAAAAGGAAUCAAAUAAAAUUUGCGUUUAAUAAUUUA